AUGGCAAACUGCUCUGCUUGGACGCUCUUCCUUUCCUUAUCCUUGAUCCUCAUUCUAUUCUCUUAUACGGCAUGCGCAGGAAACAUUAGCUUUACUUUCCCUCCCAAAACAAAUAUCAGAGUAGAUUAUGACGCUUGUUUUGAAGGGAACAAAAUACAACUCACCAAAAAUGAAUUAGUAGGUGAUUUGAGAAAUAGCACAGGCUGGGCCACUUACAACAAACCAAUUCCUCUAUGGGACAACUCUUCUGGGUCUCUCGCAAGUUUUGCAUCAUAUUUUCAAUUCCUUAUCAGAAACUCCAGCCUGAAGUUAACGGGCGGUCUCACUUUCUUUAUUGCCCCGUUCGACCAUAAACCACCAGCACAUGCUUGCGUGAAGUGGCUGGGCCUCUUUGGCGAAACCACAGAUAGUAAGUUUUCAAAUCCUGUAGUGGCUGUCGAGUUCGACACAUUCCAGAACGAGUUUGACCCCGAUGAUAACCAUGUGGGAAUAGACGUCAACUCAGCUGUUUCCGUGGCGAGUGUUUCGCUUAGCUCUGCUCUCAAAAGUGGGAUACCUUGGAACGCGUGGGUAGAUUACGAUGGGAAUACAACUGAGUUACAGGUAUUUGCUAAUCUCAAUAAUAUUUCUAAACCCAUAAGCCCGAUUUUGACUUAUCAGAUAGAUCUGCGUCACUAUUUUCCGGAAAAGGUUAAGGUUGGCUUCACCGCAUCCACUGGAGAUGCAUGUGAAACCCACACAGUCCAGGCUUGGAAUUUUUCUUGUAAAUAUGCGUGGGAUACCUUCUCUGCUCCCCCUCCGACCAUUUUUUCCUCUGAACUGUCAUUAGAAGAUUACUCACCCUCUCCAGAUUCCUCACCGCCUCCUCCAGAUUCCUCACUCCCUCCAGAUUCCUCACCGCCUCCUCCAGAUUCCUCACUCCCUCCAGAUUCCUCACCCCCUCCUCCAGAUUCCUCACUCCCUCCAGAUUCUUACCCCCUCCUCCAGAUUCCUCACUCCCUCCAGAUUCACCAUUCCUCACCGCCUCCUCCAGAUUCACCGCCUCCUCCAGAUUCCUCACCCCCUCCUCCAGAUUCCUCACUCCCUCCAGAUUCCUCACCGCCUCCUCCAGAUUCCUCACUCCCUCCAGAUUCCUCACCUCCUCCUCCAGAUUCCUCACCGCCUCCUCCAGAUUCCUCACCUCCUCCUCCAGAUUCCUCACUCCCUCCAGAUUCCUCACCGCCUCCUCCAGAUUCCUCACCUCCUCCGGAAAAUGUUCCUCCAGCUUCCUCACACCUUCCGGGGAAAUUUUCUCCACAUGCCUCACCAUCAACUACUCAAAAUAGUAAGAAAAUUAUCUUGAUAUCUGUCUGCGUCUGCUUGCCGAUGAGCUGCUGUUUUUUGUUUAUCGCCUGCCGGUGGUAUUCGAAACAGAAGGAAACGAAGCCGGAUAAUGAAGGUGAGGAUGGAGAAACAGAGCUGGACGAACAGUUCGCUCAAGGCCCCUGCAAAUUCUCUUAUGCUCAACUCAGCGCGGCUACCUGUAACUUCAGCAACAAAGAAAAACUGGGAGAAGGCGGCUUCGGAAGUGUCUACAGGGGGGUAUUGCCUACAACGAACGAGAUAGUGGCUAUAAAGAGAAUAUCCCAAGAAUCCAAGCAAGGAAGAAAGGAGUAUAUUGCAGAGGUUACCGUAAUCAGUAAACUGAGACACCGUAACCUUGUGCGACUCUUGGGAUGGUGCCAUGAAAAAGCUGAGAUGCUUCUUGUUUACGAGUUCCUCCCUAAUGGAAGUCUCGAUAGAUUUAUAUUCCAUGAAAGAAAAGACUGUUUGAAUUGGGAGCGAAGGUACAGUGUUGCUUGUGGUAUAGCCUCUGGUCUUAUUUAUCUUCACGAAGAGUGGGAUCAGCGCGUUGUUCAUAGAGACGUGAAGUCCAGCAAUGUGUUGUUGGAUUCAAAUUUCAAUGCAAAGCUGGGGGAUUUUGGUCUAGCAAGACUUGUAGAACCUGAUCACUCCGCCUCCCAUACAACCAUGGUUGCAGGGACACAUGGAUAUAUGGCACCAGAGUAUAUUGAAUCAGGAAAGGCGAGCCCAGAAUCAGACGUGUAUAGCUUUGGAGUUCUGGCUUUGGAAAUUGCCUGCGGAAGGCAUCCCAUUGACUACAGCUUGCAUGAAUACAAUCUCAGACUGGUCGCCUGGGUUUGGGAUUUGCAUAGGCAAGGGAAGAUAUUGGAUGCGGCAGACAAUAAGCUAAAAGGGAAUUUCAAGAGUGUGGAAAUGGAGAUGCUGAUGCUGGUGGGAUUGUUGUGUUCUCAUCUGAACCCAUAUGCGAGACCCACGAUGAGAGAGGUGUUAAAGAUGUUAGAAUUUGACACUCCACUGCCGGAUGCUACCCUGAAUAUGCCUGUAGCUGUGUACGGCGACGCUCUUAUUUCUCAUGGUGGCUCAUCUCAACUAGCUUGCCUUUGACAUCUAUCCCUCGCUCCUCGCCUUCUUCCGCUUCAGGAAGCAGCAAAGGUAAAACCUCCGGUCCUCCAAUACCUGAUAUAGAAGCCCGUUAAGCGCGUUCUUCGCUUCAAACUUUAUAGGUUUUGUACGGUAUAACGUAGUUGUUUGUGUUCUCAUGUAAAAAGUUCAAACAGUGCCGUGUGUUUACUGGUGUCAUAUUAAGCUCCUAGGGCUGGGGCCAACUUUCCCUAUUUCUUUAUGUAUUUUGAUAUGAAAUUUGUAGCGCUGCUGCUUCAAAAUCACAG